AUGGCAUCGUCUGCAAUACGUAAACACAGUGCUUCUCUCAUAUUUUUCCAUGGUUCUGGAGAAACUGGUCAAAUUUUAAUAGACAGAGUGCGUUAUUUGCUUGGACGUGAUUUUAAUUUUGCGCACAUCAAUGUUGUUUAUCCAACGGCUCCAUUACAAGAAUAUACCCCAUUGAAGGGACAACUAUCGAAAGUGUGGUUUGAUCGCAAUGCAGUCGAUAUAGCGGAUCCCAUAGGUAAACAGAACAUGACGAAGGGAUACGAAGUUGCGCAGCAACUUAUCCAACAUGAAGUGACCCAUGGCAUACCCUUGAAUCGUAUAAUUGUUGGUGGUUUCUCAAUGGGAGGAGCGUUGGCUUUGCAUACCGGCUAUCACUUGACUGAGGGUCUGGCAGGUGUUUUUACGCAUUCCUCAUUUCUGUAUCGCAAUUCUGUUGUCUUUCAAUCAUUGAGAAAUCGUAAAUUUACUAAGGAAACACUGCCUGAGCUGCGAAUGUUUCAUGGCCAGAAUGACACUUUAGUCCCGCCUGAAUGGGGAAGAGAGACGUCAGAAUCUUUAGCCAAAUUGGGCGUAUCAGGCACUUUUACUCCCUUAGAGGAUACAUUGCAUGUGCUUAGAAGAAAGUCACUUCUUGACAUCGAGCAAUGGAUAUUAACCAAAUUGCCACCUUUGUAAAACGUGAUAAUAAAAUAAUUAUGUAAU